AUGGAAGAGAAUUCCUCGAAGAAUGUUGUUGAAAACAACAGAAUCAGCGAAAAGAAAAUAAUCCGUGCAGAUAGUUCGAGCAGUGAGGAUUAUGAAUUAGUGGAUAGUAAUAUUACUGAGAACAUCGAAAAAGUCAGAGAUACGCCAGUCUUAGAAAACUUUUUGGUUAGUGAAGCUCUCAUUAACGACGCAAUGAUUAAUUCUCCAUCCUCUAAUAAUGUUUUGGUGGGAAAAUCGAUAUUCUACGAUUGUCUAGAUGAAAAAUCCAAGUCGGAAAAAUUAUCAGAUACAGACGAGGACGCUCCAACUUAUGAAAUCGAUCCAGAAUAUAGAAACGAUGGAAAUUUUACAAUCUUCUCAAAUGUAGUUUAUUUAGGCUCAGUGAAUCUACAAACACCCAAAUCCGAACCUGAGAUUUUACAUCAUAUUAAUGAACUUAAUACGAUUACAACAUCAGGAGUUAAAGUGAAAAUAUCUAUCCCAAAUUGUGCUGAUGGUCAGGUCAUAUUGUAUCACGAGGAAAGUGAUACAGUUUAUUCGACGUUUGAUAUUCAGUCGAUAUUAUUUUACGCCCGUGGUGUGAAAAAUACAAGUGACAGUGCCUGCUUUGCAUUUAGCUGGUCUCAUGGUGAUUGUCAGGAAACUGCAGUUUAUCAGUGUCAUAUAUUUCGUUGUAAUAUUCCUGAAGCAGUGAAUCCUGUUAGUCAGUGCUUUGCAAAAGCGUUUAGAAAGCCCCCUUGUAGUAGCAUGGUGUGUAGCAUGGCUUCUGAUAAUUUUGUUAUGAAUUCUAUAACAUCUGAUAUUAGCGGAAAUCCAUUAGCAUCAGCAAUGUAUGAGUUUUUGGUUGCCUUAGAAAUACGCGAAAAGGUAUCAAAAAAUUCAUAUACUAAUGUACAGAGAGAAAAGUCAUACUUUAAGAUUCACCAAAAUUGUGAUAAGGAAAUAUCCAUAACUGUUAAGCAAAUAUCCUCUGAUAAUCUUCCACCAUUAUUUAUUGAACGGUGCUUUGGUGUGUUAUUAUCUAUUGGCAAAAUAAAGAAGCAAGCAGAUAUGUUGCUACUUGAACUUCAAACGCCUGGAAAUUAUCUCAAAGGAUCACCAGAUUUUCAAAUAGUCGCAAAAUGGAAUUUGAACGACAAACCAUUUGAAGUUUUGAAUGAGUCACAAAAAACGCAUUUGAUAACUAUUGCAGUAGAUUUGGUGAUUAAGGGCAUUCAAGAGCCUGUACGAUUUGUCAUCGAAACCCAUAUGAAAAUUGAUAAUUCUGAAAUACAUUCAUCUCGAUUUAGUAAUAGCUUUCUUUUUACACAAAACAAGCGACCUUUAUUGAAAAAGUUUUAUAUACAACUUAAGGAAAAUAAAGACAACACAUGGAUUUUGGAUUCCAUCGAUCCCUCUGACGAAAUAUUGGAACCUACACAGUCAUCUUCAUUCAAUCAAAAAAUUAAGAACAUUUCCAAAAUUGUGCGAUCAACAAGCAUAGUCUCAUUCGACGAUGAUUUAAGUGCCGAUGAAAUCACUCCUACAGAUGACGAAGAGGAUGAGCCAUUACAAAGUGGAACGGGAGAAGUGAGCAAAGAAUGUUCACAAGAUCGACUUGAUUUAUGGGUUCCAGUCUUAUCGGAAUGGAAUUCAACAAGUAAACGUCCUAAGAAUCUCCAAACACUCGUUCGAAGUGGCGGAAUUCCAGAAGCUUUAAGAUGUCAACUAUGGCAAAAGCUAUCCAAAUCUGAAGAACGUUCUGAUUUAAGUGAUCAGUAUCGACUAUUAAUAACAAAGGAAUCCAAAUGUGAAGAUAUUAUUUUGAGGGAUGUUCAUCGCACGUUCCCAGCUCAUGAGUUAUUCCGUGAAAAAAGUGGCUCUGGCCAAGAAUCACUAUAUAAGGUUGCACGAGCUUAUUCUGUCUAUGAUACAGAAAUUGGAUAUUGUCAAGGACUGUCAUUUAUUGCUGCAACUUUAUUACUGCACAUGCCAGAGGAAGAAUCAUUUACUUGUCUUGUUUCCAUCAUGUAUGAUUAUGGAUUGCGUGAACUCUAUAAACAAAAUUUCGAAAAUCUUUCACUUCGACUUUUUCAACUAACAUGCUUAAUGCGGGAUCAACUGCCAGAUUUAUAUGAACAUUUUACGAAUCAAAAAUUGGAGCUUCAUAUGUUUGCUAGCCAAUGGUUUUUAACAUUAUUCACUGCUCGCUUCCCAUUAGCAUUUGUCUUCAAUGUAAUUGAUUUCUUCUUGCUUGACGGAAUUAAUGUUCUAUUUCAAAUUGCUAUAGCAUUGUUGCAGUACUCCAAAAAGGUUCUAUUGUCCAAGGAUUUUGAAUCAAUUUUGAAGUACAUAAGAGUUCAGCUUCCAAAGAAAUUCCGCAAAGAGCAUCAAGUAUCUAAACUCAUAAGAUUGGCAAGUGAUUGUAAAACAAAGAAAUUGAAAAAGUACGAGGAAGAGUAUUUGGUUCAAAAGGAAGAAACUGAAAGGUUUGAAAGAAUGCUCUCUCAAUAUCAAAUGAAAUACCACGAGGAUAAAAAAAUUAUGCGAAAGGAGAUUGAUCAGCUUCAACAAAAAGUCAGAAAGCAUGAAAGCGACGAAAAGAAAUAUGAAAGUAUUAUUAACGACUAUAAGCAUAUAAUUCAACGUCAAGAGCAACAAAUGGAGGAACUAAAAAAUCCAUCGGCACAAGACAAUAUGAAAUCUGAUGAUAAUAAGGAUAAGGAUAUUAAAAGCAGUAAGGAUAGCGAGAAUAAUGUUUAUUCACUGAAGCAAAGGAUUAAGGAAUUGGAAUUAGCUUUAGCACGAGCAAAAGUAGCACAAGUCGAGGCUGAAUGUCAGAAUCAAAAUUUGAAGCAUCAGAUGAUAAACAUUUCAAAUGCUUCAAAAGUUCCUCUACCGCCCAACAAUUCUUGGAAGUCUAAACUCGAGAAUGUUGUUAGUUCUAUGAAUAUCCCCAAUAUGACAAUGAACAUGCCAUCUUUCCAAUCUCAUAUAACUGAUCUUACUCACUUUAAUCCUACUGAAGAUACCAAAUAA